AAGAAAUAAAAUUACCCGACUCCCGCCGCCAACACGUUCUGACCUAAUUUGGGUAUCUAGGGAAAGGAUCUAUCACAUCUCAUGUCUUCUCCAACCCGUUAGUUUCUGCACCGUGCCCUCGAAUGCCAAUUAUUUAUCUACAAUAAUUCCAGCUACAAGAACCCGUCCGCUAAUUUAUUUUAGCGACAAAUUGUUGGAGAGAGAGAGAGCGAGGGAGGGAGAGAGGGAUACAGAGAGAGAUAGAGGGAGGGAGAGAGGGAUAGAGAGAGUUCGAGUUUGAUAUAGGUAGCGAUGGGAGUCCCAGCAUUCUACAGGUGGCUAGCUGAGAAGUAUCCUAUGGUUGUUGCUGAUGUUAUUGAAGAAGAGCCUGUUGAAAUUGAGGGCAUCAAGAUCCCUGUGGACACUUCUAAGCCUAAUCCUAAUGAACUCGAAUACGAUAAUCUUUAUCUCGAUAUGAAUGGCAUUAUCCAUCCCUGUUUUCACCCCGAGGACCGGCCUUCUCCGACCUCCUUUGUUGAGGUGUUUCAGUGCAUGUUUGACUACAUUGAUAGGCUUUUUGUCAUGGUGCGUCCUCGGAAGCUGCUUUACAUGGCUAUUGACGGUGUUGCCCCAAGGGCGAAAAUGAACCAGCAACGAUCUAGGCGUUUUAGGGCAGCCAAAGAUGCCGCAGAUGCGGCAGCUGAAGAGGAAAGGUUGCGGGAGGAGUUUGAGAAGGAAGGCAGAAAGCUUCCCCCGAAACAAGAUUCCCAAGUUUGUGAUUCUAAUGUUAUCACUCCCGGAACUGAGUUUAUGGCAGUUUUGUCAAUUGCUCUACAGUACUAUAUCCAUCUCAGACUUAAUAAUGACCCUGGAUGGAAAUCUGUGAAGGUCAUACUUUCUGAUGCAAACGUUCCUGGUGAAGGGGAACACAAAAUAAUGUCCUACAUUCGUCUUCAAAGAAAUCUUCCUGGUUAUGAUCCAAACACACGCCACUGCCUGUAUGGUCUGGAUGCAGAUCUCAUUAUGUUGGCUUUGGCUACCCAUGAGAUUCAUUUUUCAAUCCUCAGGGAGGUUGUAUUCACUCCAGGACAGGAAAACAAGUGUUUCCUUUGUGGUCAAAUGGGCCACAUGGCAGCAGAAUGCCAAGGAAAGGCUAAAAGGAAGUCCGGUGAGUUCGACGAGAAAGGUGAAAUUGUGCCCAAAAAACCGUACCAGUUUGUCCACAUUUGGAUUCUUAGGGAGUAUUUGGAAUAUGAGAUGAGGAUUCCAGAUGUUCCUUUCGAGAUUGAUUUUGAAUGCAUCGUUGAUGAUUUCAUUUUCAUGUGUUUCUUUGUUGGCAAUGACUUUUUACCACAUAUGCCUACACUCGAGAUCCGUGAGGGCGCUAUUAAUCUUCUUUUGGCUGUUUACAAAAAACAAUUCCGAGCUUUGGGUGGUUAUUUGACUGAUGGGAGCAAGCCAAACUUGAGCAGGGUGGAGCUUUACAUUGAAGCUGUUGGAUCAUAUGAAGACCAAAUUUUCAGUAAAAGAGCUCAGUUGCAUCAGCGACAAGCUGCACGAGUCAAGCGUGAUAAAGCUCAAGCCAAAAGAGGAGAUGAUGCUGAGCCACAAAUGAAACCUGAAAUGGUUCCGGUUGCCAAGUUUCAAGGUUCUCGUCUUGCCUCAGGUCAUGCACCUUCACCAUAUCAGCAUACACAAUCAAGUAGCACACGUCCCUCAAAAGUUGCACGACUGUCUUCUGAGGCCACUAUUAGUGCUGCUCUUGUUGAAGCAGAGAGUGAACUUGGAAUAGAGGCAUCUGAAAACAAAGAAGAACUAAAAACAAAGUUAAAGGGGAUACUUCGUGAAAAAUCCGAUGCUUUCAACUCUGAGAAUCCUGAGGAAGACAAGGUAAAACUGGGAGAGCCAGGUUGGAAGGAGAGGUAUUAUGAAGAAAAGUUUUCUGCAAACACUAUUGAGGAACUGGAUAGGAUUCGCAAAGAUGUUGUAUUGAGUUAUACGGAAGGUUUGUGCUGGGUUAUGCAUUAUUAUUAUGAGGGAGUUUGUUCCUGGCAAUGGUUUUAUCCUUAUCAUUAUGCUCCAUUUGCUUCUGAUCUCAAAGAUCUUGGGCAGUUGAAUAUAAACUUUGAACUAGGAUCUCCAUUCAAACCAUUUAAUCAGCUGUUGGGAGUCUUUCCUGCUGCCAGCUCCCAUGCACUUCCUCAACAAUACAGAAAAUUGAUGACAGAUUCAAACUCGCCUAUCAUCGAUUUUUAUCCAGCUGAUUUUGAAGUGGAUAUGAACGGGAAGAGAUUUGCUUGGCAGGGUAUUGCCAAGUUGCCUUUCAUCGAUGAAGCCCGUCUUCUCGCAGAAGUUGCAAAAGUUGAGGAUACUUUAACGGCUGAAGAAGUUAGGAGAAACAGUAGAAUGUAUGACAUGCUUUUUGUGGCACUAUCUCAUCCUCUGUCUCCAUACAUAUAUUCUCUUGAUGAUCGUUGCAAGCAGUUGGAUGAGAAAGAACGGACUCAAAUAAAGGAGCAACUUGAUCCGGGGGCCAGCGGUGCGAUGAAUGGUUAUAUAUCUCUUUGCUGUGGGGAUCCAUGCCCGCCAAUAUUUAGAUCACCAGUUGAAGGGAUGGAGGAUAUUAUGGACAAUCAAGUGAUAUGUGCUAUUUACAGGCUUCCGGAUGCUCAUAAUCAUAUUGCACGUCCUCCUCCAGGAGUUAGGUUCCCCAAGAAGACUGUCACAAGGGAUGAUCUGACGCCAGAGCCUGCUCUGUGGCAUGAAAAUUCUGGUAGGAAGCCCUGGGAAAAUAGAAGAAAUAACAACCAAGGAGCAGGUUCUGGCCGGCAUCUAGGUGAUGCUGCACAUCGGUUUGUGGCAAAUAGCUUACAGACGAAGACAGACAGAAAUGUUAAUGGAGAUCAUUAUACCCGUCCUUAUGCUACUUCACACAGGCCAGCAUUUUCUUCAAAUCCAACUAAUAGACACCAUAAUUAUAAUCAACAAUAUGAUUCAUCCACAAACCAUCCUGCCACUCAACAUUAUCCUCCAUUGGAUAACAAUAGGGGUUAUUCAUCACAAGGAUAUUACGCUCAAGGAUCACAUUCGAAUGGACAUGUAUAUCAGCCACGUGGCCCUCAUCAUGCAAUCCAAGGACGGCCACCAAGUCCAGCUGGUGCUCCAUAUUAUCAGCAAGGUGGAUACAAUAAUCGCGGAAGCUAUCAAUCACAUAAUGUUGGAAAUUAUCAUCACCAAAAUGGUGGCCCUCCCACAGGAAACCAAAGAGGUAGAGAUUAUGUACGUCCCCAACCAUUUGGCAAUAAGUUCUCAGCAUUAGACAAAGGAACAAGUCGAAGGCCUCCACCUUCUGGGCCCGGCAGUCACUAACAUGGGUGGUUCUUAGCAAGAGCCGUCAUAGUUAGAUUGUUGUAAGAUUAAACUAAACAUGCUAGAGCCUAUACAUAUAAAAAAUCUUAACAAUUGAUUUCAGUUUUGCAUUAAUUUAUUUUUUUAGAAUUUUGAAACCAAAUGUUGUAACUUAGUGAUGUCCAUUACAAAAACAUUGUAGACGUUCUCUAGAUUUUGAUAAUGUAAUAUAUUAAAGUUUUGGGGUGUGAUU